CCAAAUUUCACCGUCCUUUACACGCUUUAAAAAUGGCAUCUGGUGGUGAAAGCAAUUCCAAGGCUCUAUUUCCCAUAGUUUAUGACUUUCUAAAAGAAUAUUGUCAAGACGUGGCAGAGUCCUUCAAACGGAAGUUAAAAACGAAACCUGCACCGAAAGGCUCACCAAAACUUCAACAGAUAUAUGGACAGUGGUCUGUUGAAAAAUUGGGUGACAAGAGGAAACUGAACACAUCUAAUGGAAGUCCAGCAUUAAAGAGAUCUAAACAAAACUCUUCCUCAGAUGACUCCUCCAGUGACUCUGAGGAUGAAACCCCUAAACCAUCUCAAAAGAGAGAACGAGAGAAAGGCUUGUCAGAUUCAGAUGCUAAGCCAGGAAAAAGGAAGAAGUUAACCCCUCAGGCAAAGAAGAUAGGGGCUCAACAAGCAAAGAAAGCUUCUAAAACAGAGAGUGGGACAUCCGAUUCGGAUUCAGACUCGGAAAGCUCAGAUGCUGAAAAGGAAAAGCCAAAAGCAAAGAAAACGGCUCUAAAGAAAGCAAAGAAUGAAAAGAAAUCAAAUGAUAGUAACACAUCUUACAAUGCUGUACCACCGCCAUCUGCGUUAAACAAAAGUAAAGAUGCCGUUCGGAAGGGGUUAAAACCAGGUAAAAAAGAAAAUGUUCCUGCAAAGAAAGCAGCUGUCAGCUCAAGCAGUGACUCAUCUGAUUCUUCAGAUGAGGAGGAAGGAAAGAAGGUCACACCCAAAACUACACCAGGUAAGAAAACUCCUGUGAAGAAAGUGGAGAGCUCUAGCAGUGAUUCUUCCAGUUCAUCGGAUGAAGAGCCUAAGAAGAAAAAAACUAAAGUAGCUCCCUCUUCCAAGUCCACUCCAUCUAAAAAACAGAAAGAAAGCUCCAGUUCCGACUCGUCAGAUUCUUCUGAUGAUGAACCAAAAUCAAAAGCAGUCACUCCACAGCCUCUCAAAACAACUGUAAAACCAAGUGGAAAGUCAACUCCAGCACAGAAAAAGAAGGCAGAAAGUUCUAGUAGCGAUUCAUCUGAUUCAUCGGAUGAGGAACCUGCAAAGAAAUCUGCAACUCCUAAGACAACGGCAAAAUCAACUCCAGCCAAAACAACUCCAGCGCAGAAAAAGAAGGCUGAGAGCUCUAGUAGCGAUUCAUCUGAUGAGGAACCUGCAAAGAAAACUGCAACUCCUAAGACAACGGCAAAAUCAACUCCAGCCAAAACAACUCCAGCGCAGAAAAAGAAGGCUGAGAGCUCUAGUAGUGAUUCAUCUGAUUCUUCUGAUGAGGAACCAGUGAAGAAAUCUGCAACUCCUAAGACAACAGCAAAAUCAACUCCAGCCAAAACAACUCCAGCGAAGAAAAAGAAGGCAGAAAUUUCUAGUAGCGAUUCAUCGGAUUCAUCGGAUGAGGAACCUGCAAAGAAAGCCACAACUCCUAAGACAACGGCAAAAUCAACUCCAGCCAAAACAACUCCAGCGCAGAAAAAGAAGGCUGAGAGCUCUAGUAGUGAUUCAUCUGAUUCUUCUGAUGAGGAACCAGUGAAGAAAUCUACAACUCCUAAGACAACAGCAAAAUCAACUCCAGCCAAAACAACUCCAGCGAAGAAAAAGAAGGCUGAGAGCUCUAGUAGUGAUUCUUCUGAUGAGGAACCAGUGAAGAAAACUGCAACUCCUAAGACAACGGCAAAAUCAACUCCAGCCAAAACAACUCCAGCGCAGAAAAAGAAGGCUGAGAGCUCUAGUAGUGAUUCAUCUGAUUCUUCUGAUGAGGAACCAGUGAAGAAAACUGCAACUCCUAAGACAACGGCAAAAUCAACUCCAGCCAAAACAACUCCAGCGCAGAAAAAGAAGGCUGAGAGCUCUAGUAGUGAUUCAUCUGAUUCUUCUGAUGAGGAACCAGUGAAGAAAACUGCAACUCCUAAGACAACGGCAAAAUCAACUCCAGCCAAAACAACUCCAGCGCAGAAAAAGAAGGCUGAGAGCUCUAGUAGCGAUUCAUCUGAUUCUUCUGAUGAGGAACCAGUGAAGAAAUCUGCAACUCCUAAGACAACAGCAAAAUCAACUCCAGCCAAAACAACUCCAGCGAAGAAAAAGAAGGCAGAAAGUUCUAGUAGCGAUUCAUCUGAUUCAUCGGAUGAGGAACCUGCAAAGAAAGCCGCAACUCCUAAGACAACGGCAAAAUCAACUCCAGCCAAAACAACUCCAGCGCAGAAAAAGAAGGCUGAGAGCUCUAGUAGUGAUUCAUCUGAUUCUUCUGAUGAGGAACCAGUGAAGAAAUCUACAACUCCUAAGGCAACAGCAAAAUCAACUCCAGCGAAGAAAAAGAAGGCAGAAAGUUCUAGUAGCGAUUCAUCGGAUUCAUCGGAUGAGGAACCUGCAAAGAAAGCCACAACUCCUAAGACAACGGCAAAAUCAACUCCAGCCAAAACAACUCCAGCGCAGAAAAAGAAGGCUGAGAGCUCUAGUAGUGAUUCAUCUGAUUCUUCUGAUGAGGAACCAGUGAAGAAAGCUGCAACUCCUAAGACAACGGCAAAAUCAACUCCAGCCAAAACAACUCCAGCGCAGAAAAAGAAGGCUGACAGUUCCAGCAGCGAUUCAUCAGAUUCGUCCGAUGAUGAAACAACAAAGAAAUCGGCUGCAUCCAAGGUAACCCCCAAAUCACCAGCAGUCAAGUCAAAAGCAGGACAGAAAAAGGAUGAAAGUUCCAGUAGUGAUUCAGACUCCUCUGAAGAAGAAACAAAGGGAAAGGCCACACCCAAGACAGCAGGUAAACCUUCAUCUAGUAAAUCUAAAACAGUAACCAAGCAGAAGAAAGACAGCUCUAGUAGUGAUUCGUCUGAUGAGGAUGAAAAACAACCCACUAAAAGUGUAAAAACAGGCGCCAAGAAAAGUGACAAAUCUGCGAGUGUUAAAAAAACAAAAGAAAGUUCCAGUAGUGAUUCUAGUUCCUCUGACUCCAGUGACACUGAGGGGAAAACUCCGGUGAGCAAAAACAAGAAAUCCAAAGCUCCCGCCACUUCCACACCAAUCGUGACAAAUGGUGCUGUGAAUGGGUUUGGGUCAGACAAUGAUUCUGGAGUGUUCACUUCCAACAAGGAUGAAAAUUCUGAUAAUUCAUUGAAAAAGAAGAAUAAGGGGUCAGCAAAGAAAACACCCAACACGCCGUUUCGGAGAGUGCAGGCAGAGAGAAUGAAGGUGGAUCCCAGGCUGGCAGACAAUUCAUUUGAAGCCAAGAAAGGAUCGUCUGGGUCUUGGGGAGAGAAGGCCAAUCGUGACCUCAAGUACACGCAGGGCAAAUCAUUCAGGCAUGAAAAAACCAAGAAAAAGCGGGGAAGUUAUGCAGGUGGAGCAAUAGACACAAAUGUCUACUCCAUUAGAUUUGACAGUGAAUAAAUGUGUUUCAGAUUCGAAUUGUUCACGAAUUAAUUGAAAAACUGUGUUUCCAACUAGUAAGUCGGAGCAAAUUAAAUGUGGUGAUGAUGAUUUCUGGAUUUUUAAAUUGUAAAUACUAGAGCAAAACUUCUGAACAAGAUUUUUAUUGAUAUACCUACAGAUUGUUGUUAUAACUGCUGGAAAAUAGAGAGAUUACAGCCAGUUCUUAAAAGUUAUAUCAAAGUAUAUGUUCACAGUUGUCCGUUGCUAAGGUAAAUGAUAACAAAAUGAUGUUAAUAUAUUGUACUAGAGAUAUGUACAUUAAAUUUUAACAUGCUGAGAUGAUGAUUUUCUGUUGGCCUUCUUGUCGAUGUCCCUUGUUUUCAACUUUUUUAGUCAGGUCCAUUCCUUUGUAAUUGUAUGAUUGAUGCAUUUAGGGAUUUCCUGUUGCUGAAUGUCUAUAUCUGACAGAAACUUUCUGUAUCAUCACAGUAUGUAUUGGUUAUUUUUUUUUUUUUUACCUAGAAACCCCAAGUCCUAUGUUGACCAAACUAGAAAUUUUUUGUCACAUUUGUUCACCUAAUACUUUUUAAUGCAGAUUGAAAGUUUUUUGGAACAUUAUGUCAGUCCAAUAUUGAAGAGAAUUGCAUUGAAGGUGUAUUUAAGAUGGAAUCCAGUAUGAUCUGCUUUUCUCCAUAUGAGUAACUGAAAUGACCAAUGUGUAUUUUGAUGUGAAGUUUUUGCCUUAAAUGACAUGCUGGUAUGUCAGGUGUUUUGUGAUUUACUGAUGUAUAAUGUUUAUGUCGAUUUGUUGAUCAUGGAUCUGUUCAUUGAACUCUGUCGAUGCUUUAUCAUGCGUAUAUAUAUUAUCAUGAACUCCUGUCACAAGCACGACUUAGUUGUAUACCACCUUCUGAAGAUGUCUGAUUUCCGACUUUUGUCCAGACACUAUACGUACAACUGAAUACAGUGUAAAUUCACUCCUGGUUUGUUUCCCAAUUUUUUGUCUAGGUUUGAUUUCCCCGUUUUAAAUUCACGAUUUUAUGCUCAUUCCAGGUAGAUGUUAUUCAUUGCAGUUGUAGUAAAAAUAGCAUAAAUUAAACUGCAGGGAAAAUAAGGCUGUAUACAGUAUUUCAGACCUUCACAAAAGAUGAGUAGAAGUAAACACACUUCUGUAACAUUUGUGUUCUUGUUUGGAGAGGUGACAGUACAGAGCACCUGUUGAUCUUUACUACCACUGAGAAUUUAAAUAUCAGUGGAUUUUACUGCAGAGAAUGUGGAGAACUUUCAUUAUGUUGUCUCUUUGAUGUUUCAACUGAGAAGAAAUAAAGCUACUGAAAACAA